UUUUCUUGAUAUAUUAAUUAUUUAUUUCUCUAAAAAAUAAAUAAAUCCCUCAAGUCUCUCUUUGCCUGUCCUGAAGCAAAGCAAAAACAGAGACAAAGAGAUUCACUGCGUCUCUUACUCUGUCCCUCUCCCUGACAACAAAGCACCAAAUGGCUUUCACUUCAUUUCUUGGACGAGUCCUCUUUGCCUCUGUUUUCAUACUCUCUGCUUACCAAGAGUUCAAUGAAUUCGGGGUUGAUGGAGGACCGGCUGCGAAGGCACUGAAACCAAAGUUUGGUGUGUUUACCAGUCAUGUGCAAUCUCACGCCGGCAUACAAGUACCGGAAAUUGAAAUCAAACAUUUAGUCAGCGCUGCUAUAUUUCUCAAGGGCAUUGGAGGCAUCCUUUUUAUCAUUGGCAGCUCUCUUGGAGCCUACCUGCUGAUUAUACAUCAGCUGAUUGCAAUUCCAAUCCUAUAUGAUUUCUACAACUAUGACAGUGAGGAGAAAGAGUUUAAUCAACUUUUCAUCAAAUUUACACAGAAUAUGGCUCUCUAUGGAGCACUACUGUUUUUCAUUGGGAUGAAGAACUCAUUUCCCAGGAGACAGCACAAGAAGAAGGUUCCUAAAACUAAAACUGGUUAGAAACAAUUGGCUAUCAGUUGGUAGGUAUCUCUUUUUCAGUAAGGAGCUAAUAGGAGCUAUUGUUGUUUUGUUCAUUAAACAUUAUGUACUUAUCUAUUUAUUUUAGAAGAAAAAGAACCUGUGUGGUGUUUUUCUCCCUUGUAUUUCAUGGGGAUAUUUAGAGGUGUUAUUUUAUGCUUGUCAUUUUUAAGUUGUUCCUAGUAUGAUAUUUAGAGGUGUUUAUAUACCAUAUCGAAGGAGAUCAUGGGACCAGUCUAUGUUUGAUGAGGUCAAACGUGCAUGUGUUAGCCCGUGGUCCAUGAUAGUACUGGUCCCUGUGUGACAUGAUAAUAACUCCAGCUGUUUAGUGAAAGAAAGGACUAUGAGAUAAACAAAAGUGGUACCAAGAUAUCGUUGGAGCCAUAUGAAUGGGACUUGACUUUCUUAUUUUCACGAA